AUGAGCGCGUUUGGUCAACAACUUCAGCAAUGUAAGUUCUGUUUUAUUUUCUCUUGUUUUUACCGCAAUUUUUGAAUGUAAACAACUUUUAUAUUGAUUCUUGUGUCGUUUAUAAUUUUUAUAACAUUGUUUUAGCACUAUCAAUCUUGAAAAGGGAGCUACAAGCACGAGAAAAUGAGCUGGAGAUCAAGAAACGUCAAAUCAAGCAAGGUAGGAGUUUCUUUGUCUUCUAUGUUUUAGGUAACAAAAUAGAGAUAAAUGGAAGCUUUUGGUAUUAAAUUGUAGCUGAGGCGUCAGGCUAGAUUUUUUAUUCAUAAGUGUUUAAGUAAAAACAAGUUUGACAUUAAAAAUAAUCGUAUUUUAGUAUCCGAAGGGAUUGAGAGAGAGAAUGCCCGUAUUGCUCAACAUGACGCAGAAUCUGAAGCUGUUCGAGCUCAUUUGGAGUCAAUGAAGGGUCAGAAUGAUCUGUAAGAUGUUUCUUUACAUUUUAAGGGUUCUUUUGUAUAAAAAUUAAAGUUUCAACGAGUUUUAAUUGUAUUUCGUUUUAGAAUCAUGGAUAACACGCGAAACGACUUUUCAACCACUUUGCGUGGACUUCAUGCUAAAAUUAAUGAAGAAGAGCUAGAGGCUAGAAAGUUGAAGGAUAUUCAAGAAUUUGGAGGUUUGAAUUUGCCGGAAGAUGUGAGUUUUGAGUUGUUUAUAUUGUUUUAGGUAUUAGGUGAAUGGUUGAUGAAGUUUGCAGAAAGUUUAGCUAUUUUUAAGAGAUUGCUGUUUGGAAAAGUUAGAUUAUAAUUGUUUUUGCUGAUUUUGAUGUUUCAGGGGUUUCUCACACUUGAUACUCAACUAGAAACUUUGAAAGAACGAUAUGAAACGGCUGUGUUUGAAUGUAAGUCAACGUUUUUGGUUAAAUUUAAGUAUUUUUGUGUUUCAUUUGGACUUUUUUAGAUUUUUAAAGUUGUGAUUAUAUUUUUUAAAUGAAAUUCAAUCAAUUUAUGCCUAUUUUAGGUCAGGAAUAUCAAGAAAAGUUGAAGAUUCUGCGAGAAAAGCGUUUGGACGCUGAAGAUGCAUUGAGAGCAGUGCCAUUUUUGGAAAUCACAGUGGAAUUGAGGGAGAUGAUCACAGAAGAGCUUGUUGACGCUCGUCGAACUUUGAGAAGCCGAAUUCGUGACGAAGUUUUGAAAAGCCAUCAGCUGAAAGCUCGUUGA